CCUCAGCAAAACUCUCUAGUGAGGCUUUAACUAAAAAACAACACUUAGACAAUCAUCAACCAAGAGACGGGAGCUAUUACUUAAUUGGUUAUAAAAAGAGGUAAAGGGAUCGACUGGAUCUACACCAGCUGGUAAAAAUGAUAUUGACUACUAGUGGUUAUGUGUGGCCUUGGGGCUACUUACAAACUGUUGUUUUACGGGGUUUUUCGUAGUUUUGCGUUUUUAGAUCCUCUUGUUGAUAUCGUCGUUCCCAUAAUUCAAUCAACAUAUAUAUUUCUCAUAGUUCACUAUGAGGUUUAAACAGCUAAUAAUAGGCUGUGAACAAUGUAUUUAUUGUUUUUUGUAGCCCUGUUUAUCCAGUUUACUUUCAAAGCAGAAUCGAGCAUAUUCUCACAACUAAGACAAUAUCAGUUAUUCGAUAAACCAUUCCUUCGUACUACACGGGAUUCUAAUGGACGUGAGACCAAGCAAAUUGCGUUUUAUGCUUGGGGAAGAUCAUGGUAUCUUAUUCUACGUCGUGAAGCGUCGUUUCGUACAUCUAACUUCACAGUCAGAUUUAUUAGCACCAAUCGGACUCGCUCUUUACCUACAAAGACUAAAUAUGCAGAAUUGUACACUGGAUAUGUAUCAGAGUCAAAUCACUCAUUUGUGUUAGCACAUUUGGAUGAGCACAGAUCAGUGCUAAGUGCACAUAUUCAUAUAAAUUCAGAUAUAUAUGUUAUUGAACCUUUGGCCGACUAUACAGUUUACAUUGGAAAUAAUUCCAUGUUGAUGUAUCGGCUCAGAGAUAUUCACGUGAUACAAUCGUCGAGUAAACCAAUGCACUAUACUUCGUCAGCUACAUUUUGGCCCCUAAAAACUGACACUUUUGAUGAUUACAACAGACGAAAACGUUCAAUUUCACACGAAGGACAACAUAAAUUUUGCCGUUUAACUCUUAUAGCUGAUUAUGCUUUCUACACAAAUUUGGGUAAUAAGGAUGGACCAAAAACAAUCAGUCAUAUUAUUAAAUUAUUCGAUAGGUUAAAUUAUCUGUUUCUCACAUCGAAAUUUUUGGAUAAUCAAAAUGGUGAAAUGACUGGUUAUGGAUUUUUACUACAAGAGAUUGUAAUUCAUGAGUCAUGGACAUCUAAUGCUGGUCAUUACAAUUCUCCAACUGAUAUAGGCGGGAAAAUGUGGACGGCUACAUCUUUGUUGAAGGCAUUUAGUCGUUUCGAUGUCAAACAAUCCUGUCUAGCUCAUUUACUCAGUUAUAAAAGAGUGGCUGAAGGUAUUUUAGGCAUGUCUUGGUUAGCAUCUCCAGAUCCUAAAAAGCUGGGUGGAAUUUGCUCCUUACCAUUUCGACAAAACAGUAAAGGAAUUUUAUAUUUAAAUACAGGAUGGACUACUUAUGUUGAUUACAAUGGUCAACAACUAGUUAAUGCACUAGCUGAAUUGAUUACAGCUCAUGAAUUAGGUCAUAGUUGGGGUGCAGAUCAUGAUCCUGAUACAAAGGAAUGUAAUCCACCAGCAACAAGUCAUGGAAAAUACUUGAUGUAUACAUAUUCGGUUUCAGGGUAUGCAGAAAAUAAUGGAAAAUUUUCACCAUGUAGCCUACGAACAAUUGGUGCUUGUUUAGUUAAUCGUGCUCCAUUGUGUUUCGAUGAUUCAUCAUCAGUGGCUUUUUCAAAUCUCUGCGGUAAUAGUCGUAUUGAUGAAGGUGAAGAAUGUGAUGCUGGUCGAAAUCCACAUGAUCGUUGUUGUAGCUCGGAUUGUUUACUUAGAGAGGGUGCUCGUUGUUCACCAUGGAAUCAUGCUUGUUGUACUUCUGAUUGCCAGUAUGCAUCGAAUAAUACUAUUUGUGCACAGACCAACAAAGCUAAUCCGUGUUUAGGACCUGGUCAGUGUAAUGGUUUAUCGCCUAUUUGUCCUGGUCCAAAAUUAUUAUCUACUGGUCAUUGUGAUGAAUAUGGUUGGUGUUAUGAGGGCCAGUGUCAUCCAUUCUGUGAUAGUCUUGGUUUAGAGACUUGUAUUUGUGAUGCAGUUGAAGAGUCCUGUUUCAUAUGCUGUUUAUUUCCAAUCUCGCAUCCCGGUUUAAAUCAAAGCAUGACAUGUCUUCCUGUCAUAUUAUCUCAGGAUGAAUAUAUAUCACAUUAUGCAAUGCAUAAAAGAGGCGAUUCAGACUUUUAUAAUAAGUCAUAUUCACUGAUACGUUAUUCAAAGCGAGCUGUAUACUCUGUUCAUACAUUCUCACCAUUUUUAUCAUCUAGUGUACUACAUUUGUAUAGCAAGUAUUUAUCCAAUAGUACAUAUCAUUUUACACGUAAUCAGACUAAAAUACUCUCUACAAGUCAAUUGACGACGACGACAGCAAAUCAAGUUUCCUACAAUCAUCAUCAUCAUCGUAAUCCACGUUUAGUGCAUAUUCAUCUACAGGAUUAUCGACCGUGUCAUUAUGGUUAUUGUAUGUCGGGAAAAUGUGUUGAAUCAAGAAGUAAGAGAAUACUGAGGUUUUGGACACCAGUUCAUUAUUCAAGACAAAAAAAUUUCGGUACUAUUGUUUGGGACAACCUAACACUCUCCACAAUCAUUCUUUCUCUCAUUUUAUGGAUACCAUUGAGUGCAUGUGUUGCAUAUUUAAAUCGUUAUCAUCAUUGAACCUCGGUAACCAACUGGUCCAGUGAAAAUUGAAAAGUGCUCAAUUUGAAAAACGCUGGAUAACGGCUACGAUAAACAAAUAUAUAUACAUAUGUACAAUUUUCAUCUUAACUUUUUGUUUGCUACAUCUUGUUAACAGAAAUUUUUACCUAUUUUUUUGUAUAUUAAUGUUUAUUAAUCUUAUUGUAAAAUUGCAUUUCUUUUUUAAAAAUUUCUUUUGAUGAUAAUAUUUUAAAAUUUGAGUGAUCAUUUUGAAGGUUAGUCAAUUUAUCUAAAGAGAAUAGCUGAAUUUUUUUUUCGUGUAAAUUAAAGGGUGGGAGUGAGUAUUCAACAGGCUAUUCUUUUUCUUCAAUCUAUUUUGAUAACACUUGGGUGAAUUUUGAUGUACAAAUGUUCACACAAACCGACUUGGUUUAGGUUAUGAAAUCUCGAAGAGAUAUUUUAUUUCGACCUGGAUAUAUAUAUAUAUCCUAUAUGUCUGACGUUGUUUUCAGUAGUAUAUCAACACAUAUCACACUCCUCUACCGCAUUAUUUUAUUACAUGUGUUACCGAAAUUAUUUAUUGGAAGA